AUGGAAAAAUCUAUCUCGCAAAACCUUCUCGGGUACGUAUCGCGGUGGCAGUUGGAAACGAUCGAAGCUUUACAGGCCAACAACGCCGAUUUUUUCGAUAUGGCGUGGUUGUUCGACGGCGUCUACUACAGAGACUGCAGACAACUGUACUCCUCGCGGUCCGACUACUUCAAGUGUCUCUUUUCCAGCAGCAUGAGAAAAGGCACCGAAGAGUUUGAGGGUGUCACGGCUUACAGCGUCUCUCACCCCAUGUCCAAGAGACACAUCUUCGACAUGAUGAGAGUAUUUUGUCACACGGGUAUGGUCCAGGUGGACAAGGGGGAACCAAUCCUCAAGACCAUGGAGCGGUAUUCCGCGUUCCACUACUACAGUCUGAGGGGAGGUAUGGACGUUAUUCGACAGCUCGUGAUGGACGUCAUCAACCCUACAAACGCAAUACAAGCGCUCGAAUACGCCAUGAGUUCGGCCGUAUGCUCCGGAGACGGCGACGGUGACAGCGGUACCGGGCUCUUGUCGGAUAUCCAGGACUACAUUUCAAUCUACGCCUUUGUCGUCUUCAAGCACAAGAGCUUUUACGCGCUUCGGGCCGAUAGCAUUUCGGGAGUCUCGCAGAUAUGCGCGAGAGACGAUCUCAAUAUCAAGGAGAUUGAUCUGGUCCAGUGCAUAUACAAGCUUUGCGAAAAGAAAGUCUCCGUGGAAAAGGAGCUGGGUGGCUUGGGCUCGGCGUGGGCGCUUAUGACACAUGAUGCUGCCGAGCCGGGGUCGUCUCUGUGGAGCCAAAUACGCCUGUCCAGCAUCUCGAUGAGAGAGUUUGUCAAGUUCAUCAAGGAGAACAAACAGUGCUUUUCAAGUGACAACGCGCUAAAGAUCAUCACAUUUCUUUACUCGUGUGCCGACGCCGAUGCCGCCACCACCGCCGCCACCGACACACCGCCGAGCAAUACUAAUGACGACGACGAGGUCAUUGGUGCUCAUCUGUCCAAGAAGCGGAAAACCUUCCAGCCAAUAAGUUUCUACCCGAGAAACCUCGAGUUCCAUGGGCUCGCGUCGCCACAGACAGACAUCUCGUAUUGGGACGACUCCAAGAUCAAGCUCUUUGUUGCUUUCGACUUCUCCUCGAAAGAAGCAAUGACUCUCCCACCCGUCCACUUCCACAGCGUUUUCAUUCACUGCACCGUGUACCACGCCGAUAGAUCGCUCAAUGUCAGCGGCAAUAUUCAUGGCAAGACAAACAAGAGCGAUCCUUCGGUUAACAUCACUGUGACUGCAGCCGUUGUCAACUUCAGGCACGAUCGGUGGAGGAAGAAAAACGUCUUGGCAUCGCUAUCAAGCGGCACGGCCUUCAAAAUCCCCACGAUUCUAUCGUCCAAUACGAUUGGCAACAACGACAACCAUGGCUACCUUUUCGAUAUCGAAAGAUACCCGGAAUACUCUCCGAAGGGAACGUGGAUUCUGAUGUCCCUGUGUAUCGAAAAAUAA